AUGGCCUCCAUGUUUGGCCAACAGCCUGAUGGGCUGGACGUAAUCCUUCAACGGCCGCGCCCAAGCAUUCUGGAGCAGUUCCGACGCAACCCCUCCGUAUUCCUAUCAAGAAUCGUCUACGAGUGGUGGCUAGACCGUGCCGCGUUUGCACAACCACUUUCAGACGCUGUGUCGGUCGUUUGCGUCUCGGACACCCACAACAGCCAGCCGACGCUCCCCGAUGGAGAUAUACUCAUCCACGCGGUGGACCUGACACAGUCAGGAUCUUUUAAGGAGACGCAGGCCGCGCUUGACUGGCUCAAGGGCCAACCACACCGGCACAAGAUCGUGAUAGCGGGCAACCACGAUCUGUUGCUUGAUCAGUCCUUGGACGAUAGGCCCAGAAGAUCGAACGCGAAGGAAGCGGGGGCGGAGCGCGCAGAACUCGACUGGGGAGACCUGAUAUAUCUUCAGGAUUCUACCGCAGAACUCGAGUGUCGCAAUGGCCGGCGACUUCGCCACUACGGAAGCCCACGAUCCUGUCGGCACGGUAACUGGGCCUUUCAGUACCUAAGAUCAGAGGGCGAGGCGCAAUGGUCCAAAAUGGUGCCCGACGACAUCGACAUCCUUGUCACCCACGGCCCACCGCGGGCACACCUCGACAUCCUCAAGAUUGGCUGUGUCGGCUUGCUCAAGGAACUGUGGAGGGUUCAACCGGCACUGCAUGUGUUUGGUCAUGUACACGAAGGCUAUGGAAAGGAGUGGGUGGGUUUUGAUGCCGUCCAGAAGGCAUAUGAGCGGGUUAUUCUUGCUGAUGGGGGCUUGUGGAAUCUCCUCUGCCUAUUUGGGGUGUUCUUACGUUGUCAGCUUCAGCCGUCACGAGUGUUCAAAUGCCUGCUCGUGAAUCCUUCUGCUGUUGGAGGACUGCGGGAUGAAAAGAGAAGAGAGCCGAUCAAAGUCUUGAUAUAG